CCUGUACCGGAAGUGAGCACUUGCCGUAAAUGACUCCGACUCUAACGUAAAACUCGCGAACGUAAAGUAUCGCGUGUGCAGCAGCAGUAGCAAACAAACUUGAUUGGAAUGAAGAGAAAUACACGUUUUGAAACUUUUCUGAGGUCCAAAUGAUAAGAUUAAAAUACGUGAACCUAGUGAAAGGUCGUGAGGUGUUGGGCAGAAUGUCUGAGACUUUAGUCCAGAGAAUUAAGGACUUGGAAGACGAACUGAAGGAACUCAAGUCCCAGCUGAAGCAGACAAAUGGAACUCAAAUGGAGAGCUGUCCAUUACCAAAUGAGCCUACUAAAUCUUCAAAAAAGAUGAAGAAAGCAGUCAAAGUGCGUCCUUUUGACUUCUCUGCACAUCCUCGCCGCCAUGUGGCUCUGCGCCUGGCCUACCUUGGAUGGCUCUACCAAGGCUUUGCCGUCCAGGAGAACACGGACAACACGGUGGAGGCCAGAAUCUUCGAAGCCCUCCUGAAGACGCGACUCAUCCAGGACCGCCAGAGCUCCAACUAUCACCGCUGUGGACGCACCGACAAAGGAGUCAGCGCCUUCUCCCAGGUGAUAACCAUCGACCUGCGCUCCUCGCAGUACGGCGGAGGCUUGGGAGUCACGCUUCCCGGCGACGUUGGCGCUCAAAAGAAGGACGCCGCAGCCCCUGAGCUGCCUUACGUAAAGAUGCUCAACCGAGUCCUGCCCCGGGACAUUCGGAUUUUGGACUGGGCUCCUGCAGCGGCGGGCUUCAGCGCACGCUUUGACUGCCGGUCCCGCACAUACCGCUACUACUUCCCACGAGGAUCCUUAGACAUUACGUUGAUGACGGAAGCUGCCAAAAAAUACGAGGGUACACAUGACUUCCGAAAUCUGUGCAAGAUGGACGUUGGGAAUGGCGUCCUGCAGUUUGAGAGGACCAUCCUGUCUGCCGCAGUCAAACCUGUGCACCCUGAACGCACCGCAGACCCGUACGACGUGUUCAUAUUUGAGCUAAAAGGGCUCGCCUUCCUCUACCACCAGGUCCGCUGCAUGAUGGCCGUGCUUCUUCUGAUAGGCCAGAAGUUAGAAGCUCCAGACAUAAUCGAAAAGCUCCUCAAUGUUCAAAACAACCCCAGGAAGCCUCAAUACAACAUGGCAGUCAACUACCCGCUGGUUCUCUAUGACUGCCACUUCGAGGGUUUGAGCUGGAGACGGGAGUCCGAGGAGCUGAAUUACGUCCUGUCGUUCCUGCAGCAACACUGGACCCAGAGCGCUGUCAAGGCCCACGUCCUCCAGGGCAUGAUCCAAGGCUUGGAGGAGGCCACAGGCGAGUUAUCGUUCAACCAUUGUUGGCUGGUGGAGGGCAGCCACCAGAGAAACUACCGGCCGCUGCUGGAACGUCCUUUCUGCGAGAGCCUGGAGUCCAGGAUCGAGCACUAUGUCAAGAGAGGUAGACUCGAGCGAGAAGACGGUGAGGACGGAAGAAGUGAAAUGGUCCAUAAGGGAAAACGAUCCAAACAUUUUCACAAUUCCACUAAUUCUCCUGUUGAGGUGUCCAACCCAAGUCCUGAAUAAAAAGAUGAUUUUG